CAUGCAGGCUCAGCGCUUAAAUCAGCUCUUCGUGAUGAUUCCUCAUUGGAAGAUGGAAUUCUUUUCACCCCUCCUUCACACCUCCCUUGUGCACCCAUCUCAAAUGUGCCUUUCCGUUAUAUUAAUAAAUCAUGGAUGGCCAGCCGUUCGUAAGCUCGUUAAUGAAGAUUUCUAUCCUCUGGGAACUUGAAGAGACGACGUUCUGAUUUCUCCAUCUUUCGAUGCCUGUUCGAUAUCGACGGUGUAUAAUAUAAUUACAUUAUUUGAUCGCUGGCGAUUGACUCAUAUAUCAUUACGCACAUAUUGAACGAAGUAUCUCCAUCUCUCCAGCUUAUUCUCGCAUCACGAUAACCCGAAGUCUUACCUCCCGAUCCAUUCGCGAUAUUCAAUACAUUCAUCAUGGUUUUCGGAUGUUUUUCUUCACCUAUCAUGAAGCGGAAAUGGAAGUUUCCCAAGGUUAUUAUCUGGCUUAAUGUAAUCGAACUCGCGGGCACCGUCGCAGCACUCGUCAUGUUCGGUAUCGCAGAUCCAGAUUUAUAUCGAACGAGAAUGUGGCAAAUUGGUUACGAUAAUGGAUUUAAUAGUAGCCCGGAUGAGAUUUUGUAUGCCUAUGCAAAUUAUCGUCCGCUGCCAAAGAUUGCUUUUGUUUGGAGUCAGGCAUUACAAAAUUUCAAUAUUGGAAUCUCGGUUCUUUCUAUGUUCAUCCAGCUUUGCAAAGUGGUCAUGUUCAUUAUGCACAUUUGGUAUCCUCUUCUCUCGACUGUUAUAAAUGGACUUCUCACAGUCUGUUGGAUUGUCAGUAUAUACGGACAAGCCGGACCAGAUCAUACGGAUCCAAAACAUCCAAGUAAUGUGGCUUGGUAUGUUGCGAAGAGUUGUUCAUAUGCUGCACCUAGUGGAAAUGAACAUUAUUGUCAAAUGGCAAAGGGAACUUUUGCUGUUACGGUAUUUAUGAUGGUUGUCUAUCUCGCAAACACAAUUCUCGGUAUUCACUCUCUAAUUCCUUCACGCCUCGAACGUUCAGUCAAUGCACUCGAUCUCGAAGAUAAUAUCGAAACAUCUACCAAAGCGGGCAAGAGAGUAAAGACGACAGAUUCUCCGGAUUCUGAGAGACAAUGGGAAAUGCAGAAUAUGCAACAAAGUAUGGAUUAUUCCAAACAACCUUUUACACCAAGAACUUUGGCUUUCAAAUCUUUGGAUAGACAAUUACCUUUGAGGGCUACUUCGGCACCGAGAUUUGCGUAAGUUUUGUUGUGGAUUUAGGCAGGGAGUUGGUGAUUUGAUUUUAUUGGGGGUGGGGUGAUUUUUUACAAUUGUCUAAUUGAAAGGCAUCAUGUGGGAAGCAAAUAAGACUACAAUUUCGGGACGAAUUUGUUUCAUGAAUUGGACCGGCCAGAAAAUGGACCGGCGAGAAGGAAGCACAAGCAAGAAUCGGUACGGAGGAGCGAACGUCGAUUGAGAUACCAUGGGAAUGAGAAGGAAUUUGUACAAUGUGUUUCAAUGUUCACGAGAUACUGGGGUUUUGUUUUUUGCUUCUAUGUUUAUAUCAUUUGGGUAGUUUGAUAGGUAGUAUCCUACCAUUGUUCAGGUUAUGGGAUUUCUGAUUCAAUAUUUAAAGGAUCGCCGUGUGGCAGUUUUGAGGAGUGUGAAUUGUGAUUGCGAACUGAAUCAUGAAAGUUUGAAGGAUGAUGAAAAUUGAUGGUUAUGGUGUAAUGAGGGUAUAAGGAUAUAUUGAAGAAUUAUUUCAAUAGGUAAGUAC